UGAUAAUAAUUGAAUGUCAUUCUUAUUAUGUGAUUAUUAAUGUCAAAUAAAUAUUAUAAAUUAUAUUCUACAAAUAAAAAAAGAAUAAAAAUAAAAUAAUAAACUUAUUGUUAACCUUCUCUACAUAUUUAUUGUAAAUAAUUAGUUUCUUUUGAGAAUAAAUAUGAACAUUAUAGCUGACCUAGCAUUAUUUAUUGUUAAUAAUAUAUAGAUAGCUUUAUCACAUAAUAAAUUUAUUUUUAAAAAAUUUACCAUUGAUUAAUUUUAUUAUGAUAAAAGCUGCUCACUUUGCUGUUGAUGCACGCUACUUAACAAAAGAUGCCUACACCAUGACAAGAAGGCAGAAUAAAGUAAACCUCAAAAUUCAAGCAACCUUCGAGUUUUUGGAUUCGCAUCUUGUUAAAUUUGUUGUCAAGCUUACCAUUUGUAGAUGUAUGACUGCUUUGCCUAGUAAUCCAAAAGAAUUGCAGUGAGCACUCUUUCCUGCUACCUUCAGCUUGGAUACAUCAUCCCCUUGGUCUUCUACUGCAACAGACCUUGCCAAAACUGAGCCUGUAAGAUUGAUUAAAGACAAAAGCAAGGAAGAUUAAACAGAGGUGUAAGGUAUUAUCAUGGCAGAGAAUGUAGCAAUUAAUAUAGAAGAAAUAGCAGCUUUCUUAGAAAAUGUAGUUUCUGAUGAUUUAUACAUGUCUCCUAAUUGUUGCAUCUUCGAAACGCCUAAAAUACUCUCCAGGCAUAAUACAAAAGCUUACGUUCCCAAUGCGUUUGCCAUUGGGCCAUUACACCAUGGCCAAGAAAAUCUUAAACGUACUGAGAAAAUUAAAUUCAAGUAUUUGCGAGGCCUCAUCUCUAGAGCACAAAAUCCGGAGAAAAGAAUGAGGGAAUUCAUCGGAGAAAUCAUGAAAAUUGAAGACAAGGUUCGUCUGUGUUAUGCUGGACAAGUAACUUAUAAACGGGAAGAAUUUGUGAAAAUGUUGGUUGUUGAUGGUUGCUUCCUUAUUGAGCUCUUUCGUAAAGAUGGCGGAAUGGUGCAUCGAGACCAAGAUGACCCAAUAUUCAACAUGUCUUGCUUGCUUCAAUUUCUGUAUCAUGACUUGAUUUUGCUAGAAAAUCAAAUACCUUGGUUAGUGCUUGAUUGCUUGUUCGACAUGACCAGCGAUGAUAAUGAUACAAAGCCCCUGGUUCAACUUGCAAUCGAAUUCUUUGCCAAUAUGUUCUCAUCUACUCCAUCUCCUGUAGAUCCAAACCAGCUCGCCGAAAGUAAGCAUAUCCUUGACCUUUUAAGGAACUGGUUAGUUGCACCAAUUAUUCAGUGCAAGGACAGCUUAGAAUCUUCAGAAUGGCAAACCUUUCCUUCUGCAACUGAAAUCGCAGAAUCUGGAAUCAAAUUCAAGAAGCUGGAAGGUGCUACAAGCAUCUUGGACAUUAGAUUUACAAACGGCGUUCUUGAAAUCCCAAAUUUGUUGAUUCAGGAGACAACAGAAACUAUCUUCAGGAACCUCAUCAGCUACGAGCAGUGUUCCCCAGAAUGCUCUCCUAUCAUCACUUGUUACGCCAUUGUUCUUGAUAACCUCAUCAACACUACAAAAGAUGUUCAAAUUCUCUGCAAAAAAGAGACCAUAGAUAGUUGGCUGAAUCCGGAGGAUGCAACCCAGUUCUUCAGCAAGCUCUACCUAGAUGCUUAUGUGAAAAAGUUUUACUAUCUGGGGCUCUGUAAAGAAGUGCAUAAAUAUCGCCAACGCAGAUGGCCUAGAUGGCGUACUGCUUAUAUGCACAACUAUUUUGGUACUGCUUGGGCAAUUGCUUCUCAGAUUGUUGCUGCAAUAAUUUUGAUUCUCACUUUCUUGCAGACCUUGUUUUCCAUCAUUAAAUAAUAGGAACACUCUGUCUAUCCAUUAGUGAUCUUCUCAUUUGUCCUAAUACAACUGUAUGACUGUUUAGAAUUUUUUUUUUCUUUUUUUUAUGAUAAAUAAGAGUAUUCUCGAAUUAGUUUAGGGUUAUUUUAUCAGCUAAUACUACUAUAUAUGUGAGCAAUAAUCUUUUACACAGUAGUGGUGGCAAGCCGAAUGAAAGUUUUUAGAUCUGUAUUUGGGCAAUUCGGAUUGAUUUGGGUAUUCAUUAUAAAAUUUGUUCUUGUGCUCAAA